UGAAAGCAUCCCCUAACUACAAACCUGCAAACAUCACUUCCUUUCGCUUUUCCAACAUUCAGUUUUGAAAAUUUUAAGAAUGAACAAAUCUAGAGCAACACCCUUGUCACUGUUUCUUCUUUGGUUAAUCAUCAUAUCCCAUCAAAUUCGACCCGUAGUUUGCCAAGAAAAACAGAACGAAGAGAAGCCAACUGUGUUCCAGUUACUGUCAAACACCCUUGCGUUGUUGAAGAAAUCCCAUAAGAGUUAUUGGGAAAAGAUGAAAGGCAUCGUCCACGAGCUCCAGUUGCACUUCACCCCUCCAAGUCUCGAUUUUAGGGGCACAGGCAAAGGCAAAGGCCCAGCUGCAGCUGUUGGUGCGGGAGAGAAGGUGAAAGAAGCAGUGAAGGACAGCAUCGGAACAAGUGAAGCCAUCGCUAAAGAAACUGCGAAAUCUGCUGCAGAAGCUAUCCACAGAACAACCGAGAAGCUCAAAGGGACUGCCCCUGUCUCCGGUAAUGAAGAAUCUCGCGAUGAGCUGUAAACUAAAAUCCCAUCAACCUAUCUUAGAUGUGUGUUUGUGUUUUGUAUGUGUCAUUUACUUGUAUGAUUUGUAAUAAUUAUGCUUGAAGUAAAUUAGAAUUUGUAUAUUUUCAACAUUCUUGUAUUUCCAUUAUUUUAUAUAACAAGAAGGAUGACUGGUAGUUAAUCCACCA